GGGGCGGCAAUAUGGCCCUGAGCUCCUGGUCCCCAGAGCUGGGGUUCAGCGGGAAGGCGCUGCCGCAGGCGGCAGCCGUCUCCACCGGCCCCUCCCUGGAGUUAUGCACUUUCCCCUCCUCCCUGGGUUCCUCGGUCGCGACCGCUGCGCUGGAGCAGCUCUUUGUUGUGGAACAAUCACUGCAAAGUGACUAUUUUAAAUGCAACGAAGAAGCUAGGACCUUUCUUAAGGACAUUGCUAUCGCUGUUAAGAAAUUGGAAGAAAUGAGAAAAGCCACAAUUGAUCUCCUGGAAAUUGAAAGCAUGGAACUCAGCAGACUGUAUUUUCUACUGGAAACGCUUCCCAGUAGCAUUGGCAGAGAACUGGAAGAAUGUAUCAGAGAUGCGCGCAGAUUAAAUCUUCUUGAGAUAAAUCAAUUACAAACGGACGUUACAAAGAUGAAUAGUGAAGUAGAGUUUCUGAAGAAGAGCCUACUUGAUCUGAAAACAAUUAAUAAAACUCUCGGGGAACAGCAAGACGAGCUGGCAAGGAAGCAUGAAAGGUUCGUGGUGUCCCUCAACCACACGAUGGGAGAAAAAGCUGCCGCCAUUGUUUACAUCAAUGAGACUUCCACCAAAAUAAACUCGGAGACGAAAGAACUAGAAUGCCAAAAACAAUGUCUGAAAGAAAUACAGGAGCAGAUGGAAAAAGAAAAACUGGAACAUAUGAAAAGAAAAGAAAAAUUGAAUGAAGAGAUUGAGGAAUAUAAAAAACUCUGUGUAUUGAAUAGAAAGGAGAUUACUAAAAAGAAGAAAGAAUUGGAUAUAUUAAGACUUAAAAUGUCAAAAAUUAGAGAAACAGUUAGUACCAGCACAGUGGUUCUUAGUGAUCACAAUCUAGAGAUAGCACAACUACAAGGAUCAAUAAGAUAUUGGGAACAAGAGGUUGAAGGAAUAAAGAAAUCAUGUAAGACCCUGGAGAAUAAAGUACAAUUUUUUGCAAGUAACAAGGAAAAACUGGAAGAUUCAUCUAAUGUUGAAAAAGAGGAACUUUUGCAGAAGAUAAAGCAGAUGGCUGAAAAACUACACAAAAGUCGUUUAGAGAACAAAGAUCUACAGGAGAAAUUGACUACUCUUACCAGACAAUAUAAGAUUGUCAUAAGUGAGGAGGAUAAAGUUUUUGUGCAGAAACAGAAAAUUGAUGAUGAAAAUCAGAAGCAAAUAGCAUUUAUUACUCAGAAAGAAAACUUCCUAUCACAAAGAAAAGUAGACAUCAAACAUAUGGAGGAAGGUCUUGUCACUCUCCAGGACCUUUAUCGAGCAACCAAGGACGUAUAUCAGAGACAAAUAGAAAUCCUGAGUGAUAACCUGGAAAGAGAAAGUCAGAGAUGCAUCAUAACUCAGUGGAAGAUAACUUGUUUGCAAAAAAAGCAUGAACGUUUAAAAGGGCAGCUGAAGUUUGAAGUAGAAGAAAUUUUCAAUAAACUACAGACUGCUGAAUUUAGACGCAUAGAAUUAAUGCAAGAGACCAAUCUUAGACAAAAGGAGAUCACUGAAUUUUUGGCAGAUAUUGAAAAACUUACGUUAGAAUUAAAACAAGGGGAGGAGGAAUUUAUUAUCCAAGAAAAAAAGCUAAUUAAAGAGUUGAACAAGUAUGAGCAAAGAUUUGCUGCCGAAACACAAAGUAACAAAAUACAGGAAGAUGAACUAGUUGAGUGUCUUCCACAACUUCAAGUGGCAGAAGAUGAGUAUGUGAACAAAACUGGAAAAUUUGAAGAGCUCAUUAAUUUUAUUACAGCACAAAAGCAGGAGCAGAAUUUAAUGAACAAUUCCAUUUCUCAAAUGGCAAGAGACUUUUCAAGAUUUUGUAGCAACUUGGAAAAAGUGAAAGAAGAACUAAAAUACUUACGAGAUCAAGAAAGCCAUAAGGUCAAAAGUCAUUUUGAAACUUUAAAGAACUUAGAAAAUGAAAUCUAUGUACAUGACUUAAAAGUGGAUGCUUUGCUCUUGGAAAAUGAAAAAUUAAGAAAAUAUAUUGCAGAUAUGAAGGACAACAUACAGCAAUACAGAAAAAGAGAAGAAGACCUCAGGGGCGCAUCAGGUGACCUGUCUUGGCAACUGAUAGUUCAUCAGAGGAAGUAUUUGGAUUUGUGGGCUGAAUUUCAGACGAUGGUUAAGGAACUGGUAAACAGUGGUGGUGAGACUUUGCAAGGAAUAAAAAAGCUAACAGAGAGGCUGUGGGAAAGGGAUGAAAACAUUGAGCGUAUCAGCACCUGGCUACAAGGGAAUUUUGAAGAGCUGCGUUUACUUGUGGAACAGGAAUCCACAACGGACCUCUCUAAAGAAAAGAAGAAGAAACAGGUUCAUAUCCAAAAAGUCUACUCCCCAGUGGUUAAAUGUACUAUGAAAAGAGCAUUAACA